GCUGCUUCUUGUCUCUGCUCCUUGUGGCUGCCGUGGUUUGGAAGAUUAAGCAGAGCUGCUGGGCAUCGCGGAGGAGAGAGCAAUUGCUCCGAGAGAUGCAACAGAUGGCCAGCCGUCCCUUUGCUUCCAUCAACGUCGCCUUGGAAACGGACGAAGCGCCCCCUGAUCUCAUCGGAGGCAGCAUUAAGAUGGUGCCCAAGCCCAUCGCCCUGGAGCCCUGUUUCGGCAACAAAGCGGCAGUCCUUUCAGUAUUCGUGAGGUUGCCGAGGGGCCUUGGCGGGAUCCCUCCACCUGGGCAGUCAGGUCUCGCAGUUGCCAGCGCGUUGGUGGACAUUUCACAACAGAUGCCCAUCACCUACAAAGACAAGUCGGGAGUGGUACGAAAUAGGAAACAGCAGCCUCCAGCCCAGCCUGGGACCUGUAUUUGAUGCAUGGACAUCAGAACUGCCUCUUUUAAACCCAAGGUUGGCCCUCGGAGAAAGGACCUCUUGUUUUUGUUUUGUUUUUUGUUUCGAAAGGCCCCCUGGGUGCAGAGGAGGCCUCAAAGCACUUGAGAGAACAUCCAGACUUCCUUCUUGGCGUCGGCGCCGCCGCCUCGGUUGGCUCCGUUCGGCUCCCGCUCCGUCCUAAGAUCCACCCAAUCCCGCGAACGCCGGGUGGCUCCAUCGUUUUCCGGUUGCUCCCCUUCGUCGGUUGUAGACCUCCCGUGGCAUGUCCUUCCGCUGACUUCUCCACCCACAAAGGUUGGCAUCAACCAGGAAGAAGCCUAAAAAAAAAUGAACGGUUUAUGGAACUCAACUUUUUCCCUCCGGGUUGCGUCAGAAAGAGCGUAGCAGCCAACGCCGGUCAGUUCUCUGCCCUCGGCCGCUACAAGAUUUCAGACGAAGCUGUCUUAACUUCUCGGAAAACCCAAGGUCUCUAUUUAUUUCUUCUAAGAACAGGCCUUGGCCUUGCAUCAAUGUGGUAGCGUUAUUUUUCUCCAAGUCAAAGUAUUAAAAUUCGGGGCGCAGCAGCCCAAAUGUACGGUCGAACUCUUACCCCUUGUUUCCCUUUAAAAAACGAGAAAAAAAAAAGAUAUACUAUUUCCGGAGGGUAUUUUUUGUCCCCCGAUGUGGGCUUGUGUAGCGACGGACACCUUCACCCAUGUCCGACGGGGUUUUAAAAAGAUCUAGGAAAAGCAUGGGAUUAACGCCGUGAGGUUUUGCACACGCCCCGUGUUCUUUUUUUUUUUUUAACUUGGCUAACUGUAUUCGGGGGAGAAGCGCAGCGACGGAUGGACGAGAGACAGACGGUAACGCCGGAGCAGAGCCGGGUGGGUGGAAGGGGCAGAACGGCUUGUAUGUUCUGACCAUGGCUGCCAACGCGGUGACUUUCCCCCCUCUUUGGCAGCUGCUAUCUCUUUCUCUUCGGUUGUUCGGCUUCCUUGCCCAGGUUCAGCUUGAAAUAGCUCCUGGGGGCUCUGAAGACCCCUGAGUCAUCCCCUCACACGCACACGACCCCACCCCACACACACAAUGCACCCAGAACAACUGGCUUACGUAGUGCAGGCCCAGGGUAAUGAGCCAGAGGAAGGACCCACAGGUGGGGCUCUUGACUGGCACCUCAAGAAAAAUAAUGCAGCCGCUAUUAUUCCCCAGGGAUCCCUUGGGAUAAUCCUUGGAUAUGGGUCGUUACUGGAAAACCUGUUGAAAACUAUCUCCCUUUCUUUUCCAUCACGGCGGCCUCCGGGCCUACUGGAGACCGAGAUCCUCUAUUAAUUAUUUGUCAGCAACUUUACAAGUUGCAAGUCCCGGAGCAGGAAAUGCUGGUUUCUUUUGGAUGCUGGCUUAGCAGUAGUUGAAAGCAUCAAAUCACUGAAAGGGGGUGGCACCGUUUUUUUCUUGCUGGCGCCAUACCUCAAGGGGGGUGGUGUGUUUGGAAGAGAGCAGCCAAGUUUCCAAAAUGGAGUGAGAGACACUGCCCCAGCCUGUCCCGCCCCACCGGUGUGGCGUUUCCCUCCACUCCAGAGCAGCCGCCGGUGCUACACCGACCGAAGACGGGCGUGCAAAUCCGACAGGCAGCGAUGAGCAAACAUCGGUGUCCCUAUUGCCACAACGUCCUGUUUGUGCCAAGCUCUCCACCUCUCUUUCUCCCUUUCUCUCUCUCUCUCUCCCUCUCUCGCCAUGCAUGCACGUAAACACGCACACCGUGAGAACCGGUUCUCGCGCUCCGUUUUAUACCGUGACAGUUUGCCGCGGGAGCCGUGUCGAGCGAGAUGGUAUCAAAAAACUGAGGGAUGGGGCGAAAUUGCUCGGCCGCAGCCAAUCUUACAGGCUCGAGGUGAAGGCCCUUCCUCAAACGUAGCAGUGUAUAAUAGAGGUUUUUUUUAAAAAAAUAAUAAUAAUAGGAAAUUUGGGUGAGGGGAGGGGGCACUAAAAGAUUUUCGGGCUGUUUCACCGGAACCAAAUUGUUCCCGUUUCGUGACCCGCCAUGGACUUCCUCAAUUUGGGUCAACGAGCCAGGAAAGUACGGCAGUUUUGCAUAUUGCUGAAUCUGUAUGCACGGGAGUCCUGCAGAACUGGAACCAAUGUAUAAUUAAAAAGCAUCUCUUCGUCGCCCA